AUGCGGUGCCACUACGAGGUGCUGAGCGUGGAUCGCUCCGCAUCGGCGGACGAGAUCAAAUCCGCGUAUCGCAAGCUCGCGUUACAGUGGCACCCCGAUAAGAAUCAGAACAAUGUCGAGCACGCUACAGCGAUGUUCAAGCAGAUCCAAAGCGCGUACGAAGUGCUAAGCGAUAAGCACGAGCGAGCGUGGUACGACUGCCAUCGCGACUCGAUCCUUCGCGGCGACACGCACCACCACGGCGAAAACCACGACGAAGACGAAGACGAAGAUUUGUGGGGUUACUUUUCCGCCUCCGCGUACUCUGGUUACGGCGACACAGGCGAAGGGUUUUACGCAGUGUAUGCGAAAAUCUUUGACGAGAUUUUCGAGAAGGAGUUCGCCGCGGCUCGGCGCGCGGCGCAGAAGGGGGAGGAGGUGGACAUGUCGGCGCCGCCGUUCGGCAAGAGGGACAGCUCAGCUGCUGACGUGUCGGCGUUCUUCAAGUACUGGCAGUCGUUCGUGAGCGUGCGCGACUUUUCGUGGAAGGAUCAGUACAAUCUGGCCGAGGCGCCCAAUCGACGGGUGCGGCGGCUGAUGGAGGAGGAGAACGCGAAGCUUCGGCGGAAGGCGAAGCGCGAGUUCAACGAGGCGGUUCGCCAGCUGGCGGCGUUCGUGAAGAAGCGCGACCCGCGCGUGAAGGAGCAGCAGGCGGAGGCGCGGCGCGUGGCGGCGGAGCGCGAGGCGGAGGCGAAGCGGCGGAGGGAGGAGGAGCGGAGAGAGAAGGCGCGGCGCGCGCAGGAAUAUGAAGACCCGGAGUGGGCGCGGGGGGAGGGGGAGGGGGAGGACGAGGGGGAGGAGGACGAGGAGGAGGAGGGGGACGGAGUGGAGGGUCGCGGAGGGGGCGAGGGAAGGCGGAAGGGGCGGAAGGCGGGGAGGGUGGAUGAGGAUGAGGAUGAUUGCUUGCAUGAGGCGGCGAAUGGGGUGGCAGCAGAUGGGGUGGCAGCAGAAAGAGACGGGGGGGGAGCAGCAGCAGGAGACAAUAGUGAAGGUGACAGCAAGGAAGGUGGUGAGACGGAGGGGAGGGAGAGUGAGGGAGCAGCGGGGGGAGGCGGAGAGGGGGAGGAUGAGGAGGAGAGAGUAACAAAGGGAAAGGGGAAGAAGGGGAGGCGGAGGGCAGCAAAGGGUGCGGGGGGGAAGGGCGGAGGUCCAGGGGGGAAUGGGGCGGUGGGGGAUUCAAGUGGGCAGAAAGCAAACGUGGGUGGGGGAGGGGCUGUUAGCGGUGGUGCUGAGGAUGGCGGGGGGGAGAGAGGCGGGAGGGGCGGGAGGGCCGGCAAGAAGGAGAGAAGAAAGGGGAAGAACGUGGAGGUGAGUCGUGAGGCGUGA